CUCGCUCGAUGGCAGAGUUAGGUUGAUUAUUGCGAAAAUCAAAUGUUGACAUUACACUCAUAUAUAACUGCUUUAAUGUACGUAGGAUCAAAUUAGUUUUAAGGAUAACAACUUUGUAAAGAAAGCGUGUUUUGUGGAAAUUGUUAAAUCAAAUGGACGUACCGGAUGUAUGAAAUAUGAAAAUGUUAAUAAUAACAUAUACGCAGUGUCUUAAUUGUGACAUUUCUAUUUUCUUAUCACUGUUCAAAGUUGACACACGGUCAGAUAUCUCUGUUGUAAAAAUAUCAAACACUGCGUUGCCGGAUUUUAUCACUAAAUCCAGCCAGUUCAGUUGAUAGAGUAAUAGUUAUAAACGGGCCAAUAGCCAUGUGGGCAACGCUAAUAUCGGGGCUUUAUGCGUAAAGAAAUUCAUCAGUUUUUCGUGUAAGAGGAAUAAUUUGGGAAAAUAUAAUGUGGUGCACGACUGAAAUUAGACUGGAUGUACUUGACUCGUUAAGUAUGGGAAAGUGAUAAAUGAGCUGAGUUGAAGACAAUCUUGCCAUGGCGUCUCUGUCCUUUCCUCGAUCAAUAAUUCGGAUGGUUUGGAAACAGUUUCAGCGCAAGGAGAUUACCCUUACGUCCGCGAUUGUCAUUGUUUUGAUAAUAUUUUUUGUCGGAACGACGCUGUUCAGUCCCGCGAAACCACCGACCUUCCUAACAAGACUCGACGAUAUGCAGAUAGACCUGAACAAACUCAAACAGGACACAAAAGACGCCAUCCUUAUCGAGCAAGACGACGGAGAGGUCUUUGUAGCCUUCCGCUUGAAAGAUUCGGCCCAUUUUCUCAAUGACGAUCGGGGAGGGCGGUUGUUAUUCACAUACAGACCGGAGCCGCAAAAGAGUUCCGCAUUGCCAUUAACUUCUGCAACUAACGGCAGAGACUUUACUGUAAAUAUGCCACUGCCAACGUACCCACUAACGCUAGCCAACAACACAUUCCUUAUCAACAAUGAGCAUCUUUGCAGUUCGAGCCUCAACAUGUCGUUUGUGGUGCUCGUGCAUACGGCUACUGAAAACUUCCUCCGGCGCGCCUCCAUCAGGGAAACCUGGGCGAACCACCGGAUUUUUCGAAACCACACCAUACGAAUAGCUUUCCUGGUUGGGCAACCGGAAAAAGACUCAACACAAGUACUUAUUGAGCACGAAAGCGUAAUGCACAAAGACAUCAUACAAGGCAACUUUAUGGACUCGUAUAGAAAUCUUACACAUAAAGGUGUUCUAGGAUUCCGGUGGGUGUCUGAAUAUUGUAGUCAUGCAAAAUACGUUGUUAAAACUGACGACGAUGUGUUUCUUAAUGUGUUUAAAAUGUUUGAAAAGAUUGACACAAACGUUUUCAAUAAGCAGAAACAUAUUUGGUGCCCAGUGCGACAAAAUGGCACCAGCGAAAUCCAACGAGAGAAGGGGAAAUGGAAAAUAGAUGCCAGCUUAUUUCCAAACAUGAAACACUACCCGGUAACGUACUGUAAUGGCUAUUUUGUGAUUUUGACCGGUGAUCUCAUUUCUUCUUUGUAUGAGGCUUCAAGAACAACGCCGUUUUUCUGGAUUGAUGAUGUAUAUCUGUUUGGGCUUCUCGUCGACAAAGUCGGCGGCGUUAAGUUUGAAACAUUACCAAAUUUGAAUCUCAAUGAAAACAAGGCUAUUGAAUGUUUCAACUCGAACGUUACGUGUGACAUGUUUGUUGCGAAUGCAAAUUCAGAUGGCGUGAUGGACAGACUGUGGUUUCGGGCAAUAAACCAAAAUAUUGCUUUGGUAAAAAAAUACUCAAAUAAUCUAUUGUUAAAAAACCUCAAUACCACAAAGACGUAGUAAUACUCGAAUUAUGUCAUAUGAAAAUUAUCAUUGUUUCUACGUUUACACACCGGUUUGUCACUUGAUCUUUGAAUGACUAAACAAAUGCUGAAAUGACAUUAUUUGAGUUAGUUGAAAUAUGUUCUUCGACACAAUUUCUCAAGGUCAGUUUAUAACCCACGAUCUAAUGCGCAUUGAUAACUAAAACUUAAAAAAAAAACGCAAGUGAUGUUUCGAUAAGGUUCUCAUCAAACGGUGCAUGUAUUAAUGUUAUGUCAUGCGCUACUUUUUUUCCAUUUAAUAAAUAAACAAUGGUUCAUUUAUUUCUAAUUAUCUAAAACAAUUUUAACGAUGCAAUAGUUUCUUAUUGUGUUUUAUACAAUUUCUUUGGUUCUAUUCUAUUUGUAUGCUUCCAUAAUAUAUGAGGUAUUUAUUGUUUCAAUUUGCUAAAUAAUGGCCGUGUAGUAAACAAUGAAAUAUGUUUAGACGCUACAAUUUGUACAUGUUUUAUGUUUAAACAAAAACUGUUCAGACUAGUGUUAUAUACGGUUUAUACAGUAAAUAAGUGCGAAGAUUCAUUAACACAAGUUAAUGGCAUUUUAUAAUUGGGUUUACUAUGUACGCUUAUAAAAAUUCAGUUUAAAGCUUUCAUAAUGCUAUAAAUUUCUACCCUUGGUCGACCUUCGUAGAUGACGGCCUAAAUUUGUCAUGUCAGGAAAGGAAGAGAUACGGGUCAACACAUGUUAACCUUGAUUCAUUGAGCUAUUACAGUUUUGCACAAACGGCCAUUGUAACCAAUUGUGAGCACUUGUCUACUAUCCGAUAUUUAAUUAUAAAGCGUAUUUUAAAUUGUACAUGUUUAAAGGGGCAUUUUCACAUUAUGGUAAAUUGACAAAAUUAAAAUAAGUUGUUUCAGAUUCACAAA